GGUUAAAAAAUAAAGAUGGCGGCCCCCACAUUAUCACACUCGGCAAUGCAAGGCUCUUUAAAAAACCAAAUGCGAGCCAAACAACAACAACAAAAGAAGAAAAAGAAAAUGGUGUUAUGUACUCCAUAUGUUACUCACAGAAUUAGUUUACCAGAAGAAGCACAAGAGAAGAUUUUACAAAAACUGGUUGAAGCAAUAAAACCUUUAGGCAUAGCAGAAGAGAGAGAGGAGAGACGGAAACAGAAAAUCCUAAACCAGCAAAGACUUCGGAAGGAAAGAAAGCUGAAACAACAGGACCAAAAGACAGAUCAAACAAAUGGCAGUGAAAAGAAUUUAUCUGGUCAGGGGGGUAGGGGGCAAAGCUCAGAAGAAACAGAAAAGAGAGAGAGAGGACCGGAAAGUGAGACUGAUGGCCACGAAUCGACCAAGCCUUCAUUUGAGGGACAGGGAGACGUCCAUAGUAAAAUGAGCAUAGCAAGGAGAAAAAUCUGUUUUGGAAUUAAUGAAGUCAUCAAAGGAUUGGAGAAAGAUCAAAUGCGAUUGGUUCUGGCCUGCCAUUCCUGUAAGCCAGAGAUGCUAACACAGCAUAUGAUUGGCUUAGCUGCCACAAGGAAUUGUCCUGCCACAAUCAUUUCCAAUUUAAGCACAACACUCUGUCCCAUACUAAAGAUUUCAUCUCUAAUGGCCUUAGGAAUAAAGAAAUCAGAGACAGAAGAGACCAGCCCAUUGGAUGAAGCUGUUGAAUUUGUGUCAGGUCUUAUCCCAGAGCAAACUGUGCCUUGGAUAGAGAAACUAUCCAGUGAAAAAGGACCAAUCACAGACCUUGAUACAGGAAGUGGGAAGGAAGAAGAUGUCUCAUUAGCUGAAUCAGCCUCAACUACGGUAUCCAAGGAUACCGAACCACUAAAUACACAAAAGACUGCGCCAGAUACAGAUUAUUCCAGAUUUUAUGUGUACAAGAAUUCUGCCUCCAAUUUGAAAUGUUUUGGAGCAGAUUUCAUCCCAUUUUCAAAUGAGAGUGCAACCAAAGAGGUGAAAAUGAUUCCAGAGUUUGGGCAUAAAAGGAAACAUAAAGCUGAGGUCAAAGAUCUGGCUAAAUUCAGGAAAUAUCAAUCCACUGGGUACAUGCCAGUGUUUGGGAAUGAACAAAAAGUCAAAAAGUCCAAAAAAAGAAAACGAAACAAAAAUAAAUGAAUAUGCCUGAAAUAA